AUGGACAACUAAAUGCCAAUUAUUAGAAAACGGAGCAACAUAAGUGAUAAGGGAUAAGAAAAGAACAGUAACACUCCUCCUAUGAUAAAUUGUGAUAAAUUGAUAACUAAUUUAUAGAAGAUUACAUUGAUGGAUAUAUUAGAUCAAUUCGCAAAGGACUCAGAGAGCAAGAGUCUAAUAGAGAUUUUAAGAUCAAUCUUUGAGAUUUCAGAAAAGCCUCAAAGGGUUUAACAGAAAUCUUAGGCUGAUUUGUGGAGUAUCAAUAAUUACAAAGAUAACUAAAAAUUCGAGUUUAAUGAUGAAUAAAAUAAAUUUAAUAGGAAAAAUUGUUCUGACAAUUAGAAUACUAAGUAGAAGGAUUACAGAAAUAGAGACAACGAUAAAAACUACCACAAUGAGAAGUUUGAUAGAUAUGAUCGAUAAGAUAAAUACGAUAGGAAUGAGCGAAGACCAAAACAAGAUAAUAAUGAGAGAAAUGAUAGGCAUGAUCAAUAUACUAAGAAUGACAAAUAUCAGAAAUAUGACAGGAAGGACAAUUACGAUAGGCGGGAUAAUUAGGAUAAGCAUUUUAAUGACAAUAAGGGAAGGAGGGAUUAUCAUGGGAAUGACAACUAGAACUAAACACAGGAGAUCAGAAGUGAUUGGGUUGUAAAGAUACCAGACAGUGUUGCAUUUGGUUAAUAAUAAUGGGGAGCAGAGAAUUUUAAUUAGAAUUAGUUGUAGUUGUCUGUGGCGACUCCUAAAUGA